GUCUGGCAUUUGGGGAGCGUACGAUGAUACAAUAAGUGUACAUGAAAUUGUUUCGUAUUUCAAAGAAAAUAACGACCUGUUGGGAAAGCCAAAAUUGUUUUUCGUUCAAGCGUGUCGAGCGAAUAGUGACGAGGUCGAAGAUGAUAGUUGUGAAGGUGGUCAAGAAAAACGUUUAUGUCCACAAGACUCAUCCGAUACUCUGGUGGCAUAUUCUACUAUCAAGGGUAAACUAUCAUACAGGGAAAUCUGCACAGGAUCCUGGUUUAUUCAGACAUUAAUGAAGCAGUUUAAAGUGCAUGCACAAAGCUCGCAUCUGAUGGAUAUCAUGACUGUAGUGAAUGAAGAUAUAGCUGGUAGUGAGUUAGAGGGUUAUAGGCAGAUGCCAAUGCAAGUCUCAACUCUGACAAAGUUUGUCUAUUUCGAGAUGGCGACAGUCUAA